GCCUUCCCACCGCCAUUGAUUCCGUAACACGAUUACUCACCUCCCCAUUCUCACCCUCUCCUCUGCUACAAAACCAAAUUUCUUCAUCCCUCUCACUUCUCUUCGAAUAGAUUCCGAAUGUCGUCGGUGCUGCAAUUCGCGUCGUCGCAGCCGCAGGAGGAACGAGAAGGGGCCGUACCAGAAACCGAACACCUCGAUUUGAUUCCUCCCAACAGGAUUCUGCUUCCUCCUCACACAUUUCUCGCCGCCGCCGUCUCUCUAAAGAAUCAGGUUGUGGAGGUCACAUGGAAACGACGGCGUAACGUGGACGUCGGCGUCGAUCCGACGGCGUACACCGGCCUCCUCGGUACGGCGCUCACCUGCCUGAGAUCCUACGAGGCCACCGGUGAUCAGCAGGACUUGCUAUUGUGCUCCGAUAUCGUCGACGCGUGUACUCUUGCAGCACGUGCCUCCCACAGGCAGUUGACGUUUUUAUGUGGUAGAGGAGGAGUCCACGCCCUUGGGGCCGUGGUUUCUCAUUACAUGGGGGACAGCCAAAGGCUCGACUUCUUCCUCAAUCUUUUUCUUCAGGCAGCACAAGAGAAAGCCCUUCCUGUUGGACCUGAGGAGGGAGGUUUAGGGAUGUCUUAUGAUCUCCUCUACGGGCGAGCUGGGUUCUUAUGGGCAGCCCUAUUCAUGAAUAAUCAUCUUGGAGAGCAGAGGUUGCCCCAUGGUUUCCUAAUGUCUGUUGUUGAUGCCGUGUUAGCGGGUGGCAGGGCGGGCGCAUCCGACAACCUAGACUGCCCUCUGAUGUACAGAUGGCACGGGACGAGAUAUUAUGGUGCAGCCAACGGCCUUGCUGGUAUCUUGCAAGUACUUCUCCAUUUCCCACUCUCAAAGGAGGACGCUGAUGAUGUUAAGGGGACUUUGAAAUAUUUGAUGAGCAAGAGGUUUCCGCAUAGCGGCAACUAUCCCUCGAGUGAAGGAAACCUCAGGGACAAAUUAGUGCAAUGGUCUCAUGGGGCAACCGGCAUGGGCAUUACCCUCUGCAAGGCUUCACAGGUUUUCCACGAGGACAGGGAGUUCAGGGAUGCCGCAAUUGAAGCAGGAGAAGUUGUAUGGAAAAAUGGAUUGGUCAAGGAAGUUGGAUUGGCCGACGGUGUGACCGGGAAUGCGUACGCCUUCCUUUCCCUCUAUCGCCUUACUGGAGAGAGUGUCUACGAAGAAAGAGCCAGAGCGUUUGCGACGUUCUUGUAUCAUAACGCCAGCAAGCUUGUUGGCCCCAGGAACCAUGUUGGAGCCGACCGUUCUUAUUCUCUCUUUCACGGGCUGGCUGGAACCGCAUGCCUUUGGUUCGAUCUGGUUGAACCCGAGAAGUCGAGGUUCCCGGGUUACGAGUUGUAGUUCGAGAUCAAGCAUAUCCUUUCAGGUAUAAAGUUGUGUAUAUUAAUUAUUCCACGGGUGUGCUGAUGUUUUUGAGAGUAUGGACUUGAUGGUUAUGACCAUAAAUGUCUUGGAGCCGCAAUGUUAAUCAAUGUGUUUAUGUAAAACACAACUUAAUGUUUGUACAAUUGAGUUAUACUAAUAUUUGAAGGUUUGGCCUUGAAGUUUGAUCUAUACGACGAUACAUGUCAGUUAUUUCCCUCCCUCUGUUGCGUUAACAAGUAGAAUCUUCUGUUGAAUACUACUUGAAA